CCGGGGCUGAUGCGAGUCGCUUCUGCUUCCGGGUCACGCCUUGACAGCGGCUUCCCGGACCGAUCUGCCCCGCGGCUUGGCAGUUUGGAGCAUGUGAACCCACUCUGAGCCUUGAUGAGUUCCAGCAUGUGGUAUAUUAUGCAGAGCAUUCAGAGCAAAUAUUCCCUCUCCGAACGCCUGAUCCGAACCAUCGCUGCCAUCCGCUCCUUCCCACAUGACAACGUAGAGGACCUCAUCAGGGGGGGAGCAGACGUGAACUGCACGCAUGGCACACUGAAGCCCCUGCACUGUGCCUGCAUGGUGUCCGACGCCGACUGCGUAGAGCUCCUCCUGGAGAAGGGAGCGGAGGUCAAUGCCCUGGAUGGUUACAACCGAACGGCCCUCCACUAUGCAGCAGAGAAAGAUGAGGCUUGUGUGGAGGUCCUAUUGGAGUAUGGCGCAAACCCCAAUGCACUGGACGGCAACAGAGACACCCCGCUUCACUGGGCAGCCUUUAAGAACAAUGCUGAGUGUGUGCGGGCUCUCCUGGAGAGCGGGGCCUCGGUCAAUGCCCUGGAUUACAACAACGAUACGCCGCUCAGCUGGGCUGCCAUGAAGGGAAAUCUUGAGAGUAUCAGCAUCCUCCUUGAUUAUGGUGCUGAGGUCAGAGUCAUCAACUUAAAAGGCCAGACACCCAUCUCCCGCCUGGUGGCUCUGCUAGUGAGAGGACUUGGAACAGAGAAAGAAGACUCCUGUUUUGAGCUCCUCCAUAGAGCUGUCGGACAGUUUGAAUUAAGGAAAAAUGGCAUCAUGCCCCGAGAAGUGACCAAAGACCAGCAGCUGUGUGAAAAACUGACUGUGUUGUGCUCAGCACCCGGGACACUUAAAACGCUCGCCCGCUACGCUGUGCGCCGUAGCCUGGGUCUCCAGUACCUGCCCGACGCAGUGAAGGGUCUCCCACUGCCAGCAUCUUUGAAGGACUACCUGUUACUCUUGGAGUAGCCUGGAGGAGGCAUUGCUGCCAUCAUGCAGACGGCUCUGGGUGAGGCUUUCUUGCAAUCCUCUUUGUUGUGGAACACAGAAAAGAAGGUGUUCCUGCUGUGUGGUUUAUAGAUUUGAGGCAACACCAUAACAGUGAUGUAUGCAUCGCCUCCCCUCCCAUCCCAAGCAACCAAACCAAAAACAUUUCCCUCACCUCUGUUUGCUGUGUUAUUGCUUAGUUGCUUUUUUAUAUUCAGCUCUGCAAAAGUCUUCCCCAAGUCCCUUAGGACACUUUAGUCACCAGUGUAACCCCAUUUCCUAGGAAGAUGUCUAGUUCUUAGAGUGUACAGUUCCCUUCGGGGCCGUGGUGUAGCACGGUGACAGAGUUGCUUCUGAAAAGUUCUAGUUGAUGUGACGGUUAACAAAUUCACACCCCAGUUAACAAGAAUUAUGUUCCAAGGAUGAGUGCUUGAACUUCAGGUGGGGUAUAGACACAGAAUUUGGCAUUCAGGAGCACUUCCAUAUGGUACCCAGGGGCUAGUUAUCCAGUAGUUGGGACUUCACGGGGAUACCUGACUGCUCCCCUUAAAAAGAGACACGAAUUCCCAGCAGUCCCAGAAUUGCCAGGCCAUCCUUCUGAUGUGGCUCUUUCCCUGAAAACUCCUUUACAUUAAUGAGCUGAGCAAGCAUCCCAGCAUCCCGCACCUCGGAUAAAGGUCUCUCUGGUAGGGUGGAGGGUGGGUGGGCUGAGCAAGCAUCCCAGCAUCCCACACCUCAGAUGAAGGUCUCUCUAGUAGGGUGGAGGGUGGGUGGGCCGCACGGCCCUUUCCACAGAGCUUCAUUCCUUACAAGUCCGCAAAUUUUUUUUGUUUUUGUUUUUUUCCUAUUCUCUUGGAACCUUUGCUUUUUUAUUGAGCUAUAGAAAAUGGUGGGGUAAGUGGAGCUGGGGAUGGAAUACAAAAGGGGUUCUUCGGAACUGGCCUGCCUACCCUAAAAAGCCCCAUUUCUGUGAACAAUGCUCUUCUUUUUCGUGUUCUUAAACUAGAUGAAGUUGAUUUUGACCUUAAGUGAUCUGUAUGCAAGUUGGAAAGCACUUUUUAAAAAGCUGGCUGGAGACUACACCCAAAUGAAUAGGACCUUCUGACGCAGCUAACUCAAAAAAACGUGCGCCUGCUUUGGUUCUUUCUGUUGCUGGGGUUUGCUCAUUUGAAAAAAGAAUAA